UCAGCCAGACUAAUUUUAAAUGACACGUUUGGUAGAAAAUAAAUUAAAUUCGCUUCAUACUCACGCACACUCAUCAUUUUUACACGAAAAACAUAUUAAAUCACAACAGCAAGGAGCGACUGGAAGACCUCCACAUGCUAAGUUCAAGAAGUGGCACUCCCGGAGAUGAUACCUCUAUAACUGCACAAGCAGAAAAAAGACUGGACGAUACCAUCAAAGCGCCACCUAUUGGCUGGACUGUGGGGCAUAAGGAUGUCCAGAUUCCGAGGGCCCGUCUAACUCACAGGCAGAUUACCAAGUGCCAUUUGCUCGAAGAAUACACCUGCCGCCUGAAGCGAACCCGGUCCGAAGAGUUUGCUUUCAAGCAAGAUGAAAUCGUGGAGCACAGAUCAUCGAGUCUUUCUCAGCUAUCAGACAUUACAAUCAAGCCCACUUGCGAGGUGAGUAGUCAGACCUCGUGGAAUGCUGCGGAUCAGAGUAAGAUGGAUAGCAAGGACUUGGAGGCGAAGCUGGCGGCUGUGUGCGGGGGUAACGAUCCUGAAACGGAGAAGCCCAGCAAGAUCCUGCAGCACACGAUCCACAUCGAGGUGGAAUCGGUGACAUCGCUCACGGCUAUGCAGAGGCCUCCACUGCGCCAAAGGAUGUGGCAGGUCCUUGUGCAGACGGGGGAUACGAUUCUCGCAUGUGCCGCCAUGAUCGGCGAGAAUUUGACAGUUGCGCUUUUCAUUGUCCUGUGCCUGUGGUGCCUUUACCUGUUACUGAGCCACAUUUACGGCAACCUGCAGACCAAUGUCAACCAGCAGAACGAGUUGAAGCGCACCCUCUUGCGUGGCCCAAUCCCGCCCAAAUAAUUGUAAUAAGCAUGAUUCGUUUCGCACUUGGUUGAAUAAGUUAACAUUUAGUGAAAAUUUAGCUGAAAGUAGCUGGGCGGGUAUCCCGCCCACAUAAUUGUAAUAAGAAUGAUUCCUUUUGCACUGGAUUGAAUAAGUAAAAAUUUAGUACAAAUGUAGCUGAACAGAGUUCCAACCAG